AUGAAUUGCAACUCUCUCCGAAGGUUGACUAUCCCAAGCUCGGUUACAUACAUUGGAAAAGACGCUUUUAGUGGUUGCACUUCAUUGAAAAGCUUGACCAUCCCUGAUUCUGUGACGCGUGUGAGACACAAUGCCUUGAAAGGUUGUAGCUCGUUGACAGGCUUGACACUGCCCGGUUCUCUUGCUUCCGUUGAAGCAUGCACAUUUAAAGAUUGUAAGUCUUUGACAAACCUCGCUAUCCCCGACUCCAUGAUGUUCAUUGGACCUGAAGCCUUCAGCUGCUGCAGUGCUUUGACCAGCUUGAGAAUACCCAACUCUAUGCGCAGCAUUGCUUACUACACCUUUCGUGGAUGCUGGUCCUUGAAAGAUAUUACAAUCCCCGAUUCUGUGACUCAGAUUGAAGCGUGUGCAUUUCAAGAUUGCAAGUCUUUGACGAGUUUGUCCAUCCCCGACUCCGUGUGUCUCAUUGGAUCGCAUGCGUUCAGCGGCUGCAUUUCGUUGACAAGUUUGAGGCUUCCCAGCUCGAAAUUGACUCGUAUUGAAGCAUGUGCUUUCAAGGACUGCAAGUCCUUGACCACUUUCACCAUCCCUGACUCUGUGUCUUUUCUUGGAGCCAGUGUCCUCAGUGGCUGCAGUUCUUUAUCCAACUUGGAUGUUCCUGACUCUUUGGCUUCGUUUGAUCUAGGUCUCUAG